AUGGAAACUGUGAGUCGCAUUGGAAGUGCUAUGGGGAAUCCAUUAUAUGCAGAUGAUUGUACUACAAAAGUUGAUAGAAUAUCCUAUGCUCGUUUGCUGAUUGAAAUGGAUGUCACUAAAGAAUUGCCACAGAAACUUGCAGUGAAGGAUCCACAGGGGAAGCUGUUUACACAAGAAGUACACUAUGACUGGGUGCCGGACUUUUGUGGCUCAUGCUUGCAAUUGAACCCGGUGAUACUACGCUACAUCCGCCCCUGCUUGCAAGUUGGACAUGACUGUGCAAAGAACAAAGCUCAAGUAAGGAAGGAAGUAAAGGAGAAGACUCAAAAUAUACGAGGGAGGAAUCAUAAUAAGCAAUGGAUAUGGCAAACUAAACAACCACAAGAACAAGUGGUAGUGCAGAAACAGGGGACAGGAAAGGAUAGUGGAUCAUCUCAGCAAAAUGAUACUAAGGAGGAUGAAGGAUGGCAAGAAGCUAGAAGGAAAUCUGCCAGUAAGGGUACUAAGAAUGCUAGUAUUGAACCAAAUCAGGUGCCUACUAACAACGGAUUUGGUCCACUGUCAGAAUGCAAUAUAUUAGCAGACAAAGGAAGAGUAAUAAUUGAAGGGCAGAGUAGUAAAGGCAGGGGUGAAGGAAGAGUUCAAUCGUCUCAAUAUUACAAAUGA